AUGCGAAAAAAAAAAGGAUUAGUAGUUGGAGCAUAUCGAGCUAAUAUGGAGUCAUUAUUUCCACUUUAUACACGGAAAAAGCAAGCACCAUUCCCAGCUAAAUUGCUCUUUGCUAGCCAGCAACUUAUGAAGGAUGCCAUUAAUCCGUUUACGUUACUAAAAGGAAGCACUGCGCAAGUUGAUGACGAAUCCGGUAGUAAACAAAGAUUCGCGCCGAUAAUAAUGGGUUGUCUACCCUCAGUUAGUCAACAAUCUAAUAUGCUUACUUCAAUAAUCUUUAAUUUAAUCAUGCAUUUAUGUGCGGUGAAAAAGGACACAAUGUUUCAAUACGGUGCCGUACAACUUAUUACAUUUCUUUCAGCUAGCAAUUUUGUGCUGGCAACUUGUGCAAUGGAUUCUAAUAUGCAGUUUGUAUCAAAUGGAAGUAAACACAAGUCUUGGCUACUCAAUAAAUUAUUUACUAUCAGACCAAUAUCCGGUUAUUUAGGAUUUCCACGCGACAAUUUCAGUCCUCCAUUUCCGCUAUCAAGAUCUCUCCCUUACGAGAAAAAAUUUAAUUCGCCGAAAAGCGAAAUUGAUAUUGAUCGUCUGAAUUUGUUUGUCAGUUCAAGUGAGGAAAUUCUAAUAAAGUACGCAUUCUGGAUUAUUUUUACGGGCAAGAUGACUGCUAAAACAAAAGUUGCUCAAAAACUCAGGGAAUGGCUUCCAAAAGCUAGCAUAGAUAUAAGCUCUGUUAUUGAAUCAGAUGCUAAAGUUGCUGAUUUGAAGCUAGAAGAUUUCGAUAAAAUGUUUUCUUUGCUACACAUGGAGUUGAAUGAUAAUUUUAGAUAUAUCAGUGAGUUGAGGAAUUUUUAUGCUCACUUUAGGCCCGCAGUUGAAAAUGCUAAAUUUGCCGAUUAA